UUACAGUUUGUUUAAAUUUUGUUUCAGGAGGAAAUGAGAAUGUUUAGAAUUCGAGUCCAAGAAGUGGUAAAAGAAAACGAGAAACUGCAUCAAGAGCUGAAUAAGAGUAGUCCUGUCACCAGUGAAGAAUGGCGGCAGCUUCAGACUCAAGCCGAACUGGUUUUAGAAGAAAACAAGUUGUUGAUCGAGCAGUUGGAGAUUCAGCAAAGAAAAGCCAAGGACACCCACCAGGAGCGUCUCCAGGAAGUUUCUAAACUGACUAAACAGCUAGUGCUUCUAGAGACUAAAACACAGAGCCAAGAGAAGGAGCUAACUGAAAGUAAGGAGCAAUUAGCAGUUUUACGUACGGAGUGCCAGGAGCUAAAAAUACAGUUGGACAGCAAAGUUGCAAUGGAUGUUCACACUUCAAUUGUGAAUGAGUUUAAAAGCCAGUUGCAGAAAGAAGAAGAGAAGGAAAAUGCUGAGAUGGAAGAGUUGAUGGAAAAGCUGGCAGCCCUGCAAGUGCAGAAAAAGAGCCUGCUCUUAGAGAAGAAAAAUCUGACAGCUAAAAACAAGGCGCUGGAAGCUGAACUCGAAAAGGCACAGAAAAUAAAUAGGAGGUCUCAAAAGAAAAUUGAUGUCCUCAAAAAGCAGGUGGAAAAAGCCAUGGAGAAUGAAAUGUCUGCUCACCAAUACCUGGCAAAUCUUGUUGGCCUGGCAGAGAAUGUAACCCAGGAACGUGACAAUCUUAUGUUUUUGGCUAAAUGUUUAGAAAGUGAGAACCAUGGAGUUCUCAACAGAAUCACAGAACACAGUAUUCUCUUGGGAAGAUUGAAAGAGAAAAUAAAGGGGUACAAGAAGCAGAUGGCACUGCAGCUGGGUGACAUGAGUCAUCAUCUGACAGAGCAGCAGGAGGACUUUGCUAGCAAGUCAGCUCAGUACCAGCAGGAGAUGAGGCACCUCCAUCGGAUUCUCCUGGACAAGCAGGAUGUCCUGGACAAGGCGCUGCAGCAGAAAAGAGAAGUGGAAGGCGAGCUGGAGGUUGUGUGGGAGUCCACGUUCAAGGAAAACCGGAGGAUCCGAGAACUUCUGCAGGCCACGCUGGAGAGGACAGGCCCCAGGGAGAACACCAGAGCUUCUGAGGACCGCUGCCUGGAGGUUACCUCUCAGCUCGACCUGCUGGAUGCCUGCUGCUUCAGCUACUGUGACAUGCAGCCACUGCCCACCACCCUCCAGGGCCUGCGGGAGCCCCCGGGCUAGGGCCCCUGGGGGAGGGCAGAUCCCACCCACCCCCGCAGGUCUCUCCUCCUCAGGGUCCAGAAGAAAUAAAUGGUCUCAGAAAUUUAA